CUACUUGACAGUUGGUGUUUUCAUUGUCAUAAACAUGGAUAUGAGUCAGAUAAUCGAUGUCCUUGUCUGCUUUUGCAUCAUGAGAUGUAGCAUCAUCUUCUGGGAACACUGACGGAAAACUUCACCCUGAAUCAGAAACCGGAAGUUGAAAAUCUGGCGGUUUGUUUUUCUCUGGUAAAGAAAGGUUAAGCCCUUUUAGCGCACCGAGGGAGUGCUCCUUUUGUCUCCGUGUUGUUUUUAUCGCCUCAACAUGGACAUGUACGGAUACAGCGGGGUCUUCUUGGUGAAGAGGUUCCUGGACAAAGGUGUUUUUGAAGUCACAAACAUGUCCGACAUCAACAAGGCGAAUCCUCACGGCUGCGACAACGGAGCCCUGACGGACAGGUUCGGCGUCCUGAUCCAGGGACUCCUGGCCAUCGUUGCCUUCAGCACGCUGAUGUUGAAGAGGUUCCGGGAGCCUGUUGGGAUCAGACGACCGUGGAGAAUCUGGUUUUUCGACACGUCCAAACAGGCCAUCGGUGCUCUUUUCAUCCACUUUGCCAACGUCUUCCUGUCCACGCUCACCAAAGAGGACCCAUGCUCCCUAUAUCUGAUGAACUUCCUGCUGGAUGCCACGUUGGGGAUGCUGGUCAUCUGGCUUGCUGUGAAGUUGGUGUCCAAACUAGUGGAGUACAAGCAGUGGACGCUGCUCAUGUUCGGAGAAUAUGGUGACCCUCCUCAGGCAGCAGCAUGGCUCGGUCAGUGUGGCGUCUACCUGCUCAUCAUGGUGCUGGAGAAAGGUGUCAUCAGCCUGGUGCUGCUCGUCCCCGGAUGGUCCAAAUUGCAGGAGGUGUUGCUGAGCUACAUUGCUAACCCUCAGCUGGAGCUGGUGCUGGUCAUGCUCAUUGUGCCCUUCAUAGUGAACUCCAUCAUGUUCUGGGUGGUGGACAGCCUGACGAUGAGGAAGUACAAGACGAUGAAGAGCCUGGACGACUCCUGCGACAGCUCCGUGAAGAAGGCCGACUCCCUGCCCUGGGUGAACAGUGAGGAGUCACGGGUUCUACUGACUGUCGAGACGGACACCGACGAGGCUUCAGAGGGGGAGGAAGACCCAGGCGACAGUGAACCAGUGCCUCAUGUACAGUACUCUGGAGGACCACUGAGGCCCAGCUGGGUGGUGGUAUAAACCCAGGUGAUGCUUCUUCCUAGCCGUCCAUCCUCUGUCCACACAAAACACUCUUAAAGAGCCUAAAUAUGAGCAAACACACACAAAAACUUGCAUCUUUAACUCGUCAGAGGUCUAACUAAUCAGCUUCUAUGUAAGCAAAGGCACAAUUAAAGGUCAUAUAACCUGUGAAUGUGAACACUACAGCCUCAGCUGCCUUCCUCUGCACUGAACCGGAGCUUGACUCUGUGUAUGCAUGUAAAUCCAAUAGCAUUUUGGGAAUUAUCCUCUCACCUUGCUGCCUCUGUUAUCUGCAAGAGCACAUCAGAGUAACCACAACUGAACGUGUGUGGAGAGAGAUUAUUAAGGAGGGCAGCGCCUGUUGGGCAAAAUGUACGGGUGGUAAUGACAAAGGCUGAGAUAAAUCAGUCUCCACACUGGGGACUUUUGGAAAUGAUGUUGCUCUAAAGAGAGUCAUUUAUCGUGUAUCAUAUUCCAAAGAGGGGCAAGUGAAGUAUAUAGAUCUAUAUAGGUGCUCUAAGAUUUUACUCCGUCGAAUAUAACCGCUUUAAAUCCACCUUUUUAAUUAAUGUGUAAUUAUAGUCAUUCUACCAUGCUCUCCCUCUGGCUCCUUGCUUUCAUUUUAAAGGAGGGUUUUAUUUCUUUAAACCACGCACAUGUUUUUAACAUUUUUGGCUGCUGCAGUCAUGACGCACCAAACAUGUUGCGGUAAUAUGGAAAGGUUUUUGUUCUUUGCAACUGGUUGCUUUUAACAAAAUGUGUAUGUGGGCAGGAAAUUCUUUAAGGCCAUGCUAUUUGUUGUAUGUGAUGGAGUACUGGGGCCACUGUUGGGAGAAAUAUAUGAGAUUUUUAGAAUAUUGUCAGAAUAUAUUUGAGAAAAAGUUGUAAAUGUUAUGAGAAAAAAUCCUCAGUUUUAAGGGAAAGAUUUACAAGAAAAAAGUCAUAAUUUCUUGAGACAGAUGUCUUGAUAUUUUAGAAGAAAACAAGUCUGACUUAUUCUAAAAUAACUGUCAGUAUCACAGACUGUAUAAAAUUGAAGAGGAGUCUCCAAUUCCUCCAAAUGUACAAAAAUGAAGCCAGAAUAUCCCAGGGGGAGUCCGUUUUUUUCCCCAUCCAGAAUUGUCGUUAGUUUAAAAAAAAAACAAAAAAAACCACACACAACCUCACGUGUCAAUCGCGUUUGCACACUGAGUCUGAAACAUCCAUCCGUCAUUUAAAUUUUCCGAACAGGUUUGAUUUUCUGUACCACUCUCAUGUCUGUACACCAAAUAUUUCAACUUUGAAGCUACAGUCAGCAGCUGGUUAGCUUAGCUUAGCAUAAAGACUGGGAACGGGGAAACCUGGCUCCUUCCAAAGGUCACAAAAUCCACCUAACGGCGUCUCUAAAGCUCACAAAUCAACAUGCCGUGUUUUUUAAUUGUACAAAAUCUGAUGUGUAAAAACAACACUGGUUUCACAAGGGUUUUUAUAGGGAGGUUUUUUUUUGGGGGGGGAGCAGUGACUUUUACAGGCUAGCUGUGUCACCCUGUUUCCUGCAUUUGUGCUAUGCUAAGCUAACAAGCUUCUGGUUAUUACUAGGUCUGUCAUGAUAAUUACAGUAUUGAGUCAGCAAAAAUUAUCAAGGUCUUUAUAUCGUAUGGUAUUUCCUUUGUGGUUAUACGCGUUAUAUAUUUGUUUCCAGCAGGGUUGUCUCGACCAUUUUAAGAAUCGGGCACCUAACAUUUAUUUACGUUUCAUUUAUUUAGGAUAUUUUAUUUUUUUAUUUUUUACAUUCCAAUUUUCCAAUAUCUGAGUAUUCUUACAGUUUUUAUUCCAUUGCUUUUUGGUUAUUUUUGUUACAAUAUGUCAUCUGACAAAAGUAGUUAUCAUGACAGGCCCAGCUGUAACUUCAUAUUCAAUAGACAAAUGUCGGAGUGGUAACGAUCUUCGACUUGGCGUAUUUCAGAAAAACUAUUCCUCUUUAAAAUCUUAAUUUAAAAAUGUGAUAAGAACGGACUCUCUGGUAGUGAUAUUUUUCAAAAUAAAACAACCCUUUCUAUGAAAUAUCACGUCAUAAUUCUUGUUACUACUUUCUUCUUCUUUUAUCUUUUUUUCUCGAACUUGCAACUUCUCUUUCAUUACACUCCAUCUUUUUUUUUAUUUCAAAAUAUUCUGACUUCUGUAAAUCUCCUAUUUUUCCUCCUAACAAUGGCCCAAUUACUGUUUUGGUAGCUGUGUAUUAAACUUUAUGACAAGCUAUGGCACAUUUUUUAUUUAUUCUGUUUAUAUUUUAUAUAUUUGACUUUAUAUAUUGUGGUCCAAUCUGUGGUAUCAACAGGGGAACAGGAAGUUUGUAGUGAAGAGAGAAAACAGGAGAAUUUUAAACGUCAUCUCCAAACUACAGGCGGUAAACUCCUUUUAUUUUAUGGUUUAAACGCCUAAAGGUCUCCAGUUUGACGUAUUCCAUGUGUAAUGUUUUAUUUUGUAUUCCGAUGUACCUUGUGUAUGUUUUUUUUAUAAACCUGAUUAUGAACAUGUGGAUAAACUGGCACACACACCCUGUCAUCGACAGGCCGUAAAGUGCUGCGGUGCUUCUUACCGAAUGUAUCUCUUUAAUCUGUGCUAUGAAUAAAGAUGAUUGACACAUGAA